AUGUCGGGGUUGGAGCUGGCUAGUGAGCUGAGAAUUUUUUGCUUGGACAUUGCGUUGAUCAUGUGCGUCAAGCGCGAGGCGAAGACGAGAAAGAAAGAGAGAGAGAGAGAGAGAGAUGAUGAUGAUGAUGGCGAACGGGGCAGGAUGGCGGGCUGGGUUGGAGUCUACGGUACUGUAGGCCGUGACAACACAGUCGGAGGAAUCUAA